AUGUCAUAUCUCUAUAAAAGCGAUGCUAGGGGUGAUUUAAAUCGCAGUAGCCUAGCAUUACUGGUAGAAGUAAUUUAUGUUAGCAUUAUUACACCGUAUCCAAGCCGGUUUGUUAUUUGUGUCUCUCAUGUUAGAUUCAGAAGAGCAGUGCAUGUUCAAAGUAAACCUACUGGAGAAUUAGGUUUCAAAUCUCAAGUGGGUGUUUGGGGAUCAAGUUACGCUGCUAUUAUGACGAUAUGCAUUUUAAUUGCUCAGUUUUGGGUUGUUAUUGCUCCUAUUGGUGAUGGUAAAUUGGAAACAAAGAACUUAUUUGAAAAUUAUUUGGCUAUGCCAAUCUUAUUGGCGUUAUACUUUGGUUACAAGAUAUAUACUAAAAACUGGACUAUUUUUAUUAAAGCUAAAGAUAUUGAUUUAAUAUCUCAUAGAAAUAUUUUCGAUGAAGAAAUUAUUAAACAAGAAGAAGAUGAAUAUCGUGGGAAAUUAAGAAAUGGUCCAAUCUGGCGUAGAGUUUAG